AUGCAGUAUCUUCGCUCUGGUCUCGACCAGCUUCGCGACCGCUACGCGCCUAUCCGACACACCUCGACCUUUCGUAGUACAGGCCAAAUCACACCGGAAGAAUUCCUGCUCGCGGGAGACUACCUGGUCUACAAAUUCCCCACCUGGUCAUGGUCUGACGCCUCGAGUCCUGCGCGCCGGGUCAGCUAUCUCCCCCCAAACAAGCAAUUUCUCGUGACGAGAGGAGUGCCCUGCCACAGAAGGUUAGAUGAGAACUUUGCGGGUGGACACGGCGCGGCGGAUGAUCUGGUCAGAGAUGGAUUCCUAGGCGGCCCCGACGAGGAGACUGGUGGCGGUGAAGACGAUGGCUGGUUAAGGACGGGAGGGACGACCGAGAAAGAGCAAGAAGGCCUGAGAGCGGAAGUGCGGACGAUGAGUGAGAGUGGGCAUCUUGGACAAAAAGCCACCGAGGAAGAGGACGAGGAAGAAAUCCCGGAUAUGGAGGACGAGGACGAUGAUAAUGAGGCUAUCAUAAGAGAUAAGGGUGAAGGCACAUCUGCGCCUCUUCGGACAUACACACUCUACAUCACCUACACACCCUACUAUCGUACUCCACGCAUGUACCUCUCUGGUUACCUUUCUCCCAGCGAGCCUCUGCCACCGCACCUCAUGAUGGAAGAUAUUGUCGGCGACUACAAAGACAAAACGGUCACCUUGGAAGACUUCCCCUUCUUCGACAACAGUGUUAAGAUGGCGAGUAUCCACCCUUGUAAACAUGCCAGCGUGAUGAAGAUCCUCCUCGACCGUGCCGACGUGGCCUUGAAGCUUCGACUGGAGAGACAGAAAGCGACUGGCACCGCCGCCAAUAUCUCAGGCAUGGAAGGUCUGAUUGACGAUACGGCAAAUCUCAGAUUGGCUGAGCAAAAGCGUGGACAUGAAGCGGGUGUGAAAGCUGCUAGUGGCGGCGCAGGAGAUGAAUGGGAGGUAUUGGAUGAGCAAGACAGCAAAGAAGAGGAGAGCGAGAAGGUGGCUAUCCGGGUAGACCAAUAUUUGGUUGUGUUCUUGAAGUUCAUGGCGAGCGUAACGCCAGGGAUUGAGCAUGACUUUACCAUGGGCGUUUGA